UAAGAAUUCUCCGCUGGACAARGUUACAGCAGACUUGAAAUUCAAGAUGGCGGACGAGGAUGAACCUGAAAAGCAUAAACUUGAAGUUAUCCCCACAGGUGAUCCCGACGAUGAAACAUGUGCAACAUUUGUCAUGCAUGGAGAAGAUCACACCCUUGGCAACUCUCUCAGAUACAUGAUUAUGAAGAACCCUGAAGUUAAGUUUUGUGGCUACUCACUUCCUCAUCCAUCAGAAAAUAAAAUCAAUUUAAGAAUACAAACUUAUGGUUCUCCUGCCACAGAUGUUCUAAGGAGAGGAUUGUCAGAAUUGUCAACUCUUUGUGAGCAUGCACUUGCUACAUUUGAGGCAUCCGUGAAUGAUUACAAAGAAAUGAAAACAAAGAGAAGACAUAGCGGAUCAUUUUCAUCUUCUGAUGAAUCAUAAAAAUUACAUUGUAAAUAGAUUUUUCAAAAACCUUUAUUCUCAAUAAAUAAGAUUUGUAAUUUCAGGGAAAAA